AUGAAUGUCGGGCAAGGUGGCUCACCACGCUCGCGUGGACAGCGUACUCGGCAUAUGCGCACAUCGAGUGGCCUGGGCCUUGAUACCUUGCUGGUGCGCACAGCACAAGAUGGGUCCAGGUCGUCGAUGCGAGUCAAGGCACCGCUCGUGGGCGGCUUUUAUUUCUCAGAUCUUGUGGUCGUGAUGCUUUCAGCCAUGUACCAUCUUCUGUGCUCGUGCUCGAUUGCUGAGCUGCUCGAUCUCAUGUACUUUAUGUUUGUGUACCACACCAUCCAUCUUUGGCGUGAUGUGUGGUCCCGACCUGCGGGGCUGAGCUUCUUCCAUGCGUAUAUGCUGUGUAUGAUGAGGAAGGUCAUGCAUGUGAUGCCAUUUUUGCCUCCGCGCAUCUGUCUCUCUUCCCUUUCCAUGGCGCCGUUCUUGCGUUGGCGCACGGGCGGCGCAGCUGCCAUUCUGAUUCGUGCGUAUGGGCACCAUAAGGAGGAUGGAUUCCGGGCCUAUUGGAUGCGCAGCGUUCCGGCAUCGUCGACAGCAUCGCCACCUCCGUCGUCACGCACCGUCGUCCUGUAUGUGCACGGUGGCGGCUUUGCGCUGGGCUCCGUCGCCCUGUAUGCCGAGCCCCUCUUGCGAGUCUUGUCGUAUACCAAGGGACACCACGUUGAGUGUGUGGCGCUCGAGUAUGAACUGGCGCCCAAGGCGCGGUUCCCUUCGCAGCUCGUCGAGGCGCUACGAUGCUAUGCGCAUUUGCUGGAGCGCGAGCGUAUCCCUGCUUCGCGCAUCGUGCUCGCCGGUGACAGCGCUGGCGGCAAUCUUGUCAUGAGCAUGCUUUUGUGCCUGCAUGGCCAAGGAUACUCGCGUCUUGGUGGUCGGACGUGGUCGUCGCUCCCGCUUCCCGCGCGCGCUGUGCUGCUGAGCCCAUGGCUGGAUCUUCGUCGCCCAUCUCACCCAUGCGCAGCGCCGCUCGACAUUGUGACGUCUGCGAACCUGCAUCAGUUUGCGCAGGUCUAUACACAGAUUUUGCCUCGACCGCGACGCGUGGCAGGACCGGCAAGCCGACUUGUCCGGAGGCUUCUGCGCUCGCCAUCGUAUCCGUGCAUAUGGCUUCGCACCUGGCUGAGCCAGCCGCUGUGGCUGGCCACGCGAGCCGUUGAAGCGGCCGAGGCCCGUACGGAUGCCGUGCCAUGCGCCCAACUGUACGACACGAACAACGACCACCCUGUGAUGAACCAUGUGAACGUGUCGCCUGUGCUGGGCGAAUGGCACGAUAUUGCGCAGCGAGUCAACCUUUCUGUGCUGUGGGGUGAGCACGAGCUGAUGGCUGAGGACAUUGCGGCGUGGACGCGGCGGCUGCCGCGUGUCGAUACGUACGUCGCGACGCAUGACUGGGGCGUGCAUGUGUGGCCGUUUCUCAAUGCGCUGCUGGCGCCGUCGGUGGCCGAGCGGGAGUGGGGUCUGUGGCAGAUGGCGCGUGCGAUGGUCGGCGUGCCCAUGGCGCUCUCUGAGCCGACGUCCCCGCCAUCAUCUAUGCCAUCUGACACGGACGAGCCUGAGCCUGAUGAGCAGGCCCAGCGGGCAUGGGAUGCUGAGCUCCAGCGUCUGCAUGUCAAGACCUAG